GCAGUACACCGACAAGACCAGGACGGACGUCGCGUCUAGCCUGGCGAUCGCGCAACAGUCUCUGUCGAGCCUCAGUUCGACGAGGGGGGAACACUGUUCGAGCAUUGACCAGGCGGUGGAGAAGCGGAUGUGCAGACUGGAGCACAAAGUGGACUUCCACGACACGAGGACCACCAAACUGGAGGCGGAGCUGCAGGAGCUGCGGGACUUGCUCGGGCUCAUGCGGCGCGAGGAGCUGCCCCGCCCCCCCGUGGGCGCGGGCGGCUCUGACAGGGAGAUCGGCCCGACCAUCAUCGCGGUUCGGCCUCAGGUCCCGCUCCCGCGGGAGCAAGUGGCUAAGGUAGUGGAACCUUGGCUCGCGGACAGCAGCGUGGCCUCGACCGAUUACUCCGUGGCUUCCUGGUCGAGGUGCUGGAUGGAGGAGGAUCACGAGGCCUCACCGAUGGGCGUAGCGGACGUGGGGUUGCCGACUAGCGCGGGCAAGAGCCCGAAGAUUAUGGCGAGGGAGAUGGGCUGCAAGAAGAUCAUGCGCUCGCUCGCCGCGCUGCGCCCGCAGCGCAAGUUUUUCGUGGACAAGGACACAGGGGUGGUCAGCUCCGUAGCCAUUUUGGCUCAAGGCGGUGGCGCUCUCGGGUGCCCUCGCGCCUCCUCGGCUUUCGUCGGGCGGCGCGGUUCCUCCCGCGCCUGGGCUGCGAUGGCGCGCGGCGGGCGUGGCGGUGCGAGCCGAGGCAUCGUCGCGCGGCAUGGGGCGGCGUGCGCCACCCUCGCCACGGUCGACGAAGCUGCGGAGCUCAUGUCCGCGCUGCUGGUGCGCCAGGUGGCCGGCGGCGGGCGGACGGCGGCGGCGGCGGGCAGCGCGGCGCGGCCCGCCCUCGACGGGGAGGCGCAGCGUGUGCUCGGCGCAGCUGCAGAGGUUGUGGCCACGCUGGGCGAGGCAACGCUGGCCAAGGGCCUCCAGGCGCUGCGGGCUAAGGGGGCUCCUCCCCCGUCGCACUGGGCGCGGGGGCGGCGCGAAGUGGAUGCGGCAGCAGCGCUGCUGAGGCAUCCGGGCGGAGCCGAAGCGGCGCUCGAGGAGGCGCGCAAGUGGAUGGCUGGAGGCGCUGGCACUCCAAAGUUCGAGGGCAAGCAGAACGAGCUGAACACCAUCGUCGACGACGCAGUUGAGGUCGACGGCAAGCGGAACGAGGUGGAGGGCAUCAUCAACCCCAUCGCGACGAAGGCAAACGAGAAGGUCGAGGUCAACAUCGGGAAGGUCGAUGGCAAGCGGAAGGUGCUGAAGGGCAUCGGCAACCCCGUCGCGAUGAAGACAAUCGGGCGUGAAGUGAUCGAGGCGACGUUGGAGGCGCAGCAGGGCAGCGUCAACCUUUGCCUCAGCAUAUGCGCAACCCUGCAGGAGGAUAAGCUGCAGGACACAUUCAAGGACGACGCUGGCACUCGCACAAUCGAGGGCAAGCAAAAAGACCUGGACACCACCGCCAACGGUACCUUUGAGGACGGCGGCCAGGCGGGCGUGGAGGCUCUCUUCGAGGAGCGCGAGGGCUUGCCGAAGGAGCAGGAGGGCGUGAGCCACGCUACGAUGGUGGCGUACCAGGCAGAGGUCGGCGAGGGCUCUUCUGAGGAGAAGACCGAAAACGCGGUGCACGGUGUCCUCGACGGGGCGGAGCUGGAAGGCAUCGUCAAACCCAUCACGAUGAAGGUGGGCGACCGCGUGCGCAUCACGAAGGGCCAGAACGCAGGGGGCGGUGGCAGCGUCCUCAGCGCAGGCGACACCAUCGUGCGCGUUCGUCUCGACGGAGCUGGCGCUGGGCGACAUGGGGUUGCCUGCGAGCCACGUGACAACGUCGAGAUGGAGGCCGAGGAGCUGCGCCGCGCGGUGCGGGCGCUGCGGCAGCCGAG